AUGAGUCAGCAGUGUGAUGUGGUAGCCAUGGCCACCAUCUGCAAUAUCAAUUAUGGGAAUGUUUCAGAAGAGAUUUCAUCUCAUAAUACCACUGAUUAUGGAAGCCACAAUAGUAUUGAUAAUAGUGUAGGUAUUCAUAUCUCCGUAUUGGUCAUCUGCAUUUUCGGAGCCGUGGGGAACGGGAUUGUCAUCUGGCUUCUCGGCUUCCGCAUUAAGAGGAAUCCUUUCAGCACCUUCAUCCUGAACUUGGCCGUCGCUGAUCUGGGAGUCCUUCUAUCGGUUCCAUUUAUUGUUUUUGAUAUGAGGACAGCAUUUAGGUAUUAUUAUUUUUAUGUAAAUAAGAUUACAUACCUAGUGUUCUUGUUCCUAUUCCUAUCAACGUACAGCACUAGUCAAUUUCUCCUGACGGCUAUCAGCAUUGACAGGUGUGUGGCCGUCUUCUUCCCACUUUGGCACCGAUGCCACCGGCCACCACAUUUGUCCGCCAUCGUAUGUGCACUAAUUUGGGUUCUCUCCUUCCUGCUUACUACAAUCACCUACACUCUCGUAUUUAUUUAUUUAAAUGAAACAGUGAGCAUGGAAGAAUACUACCAGUUUAUUGCAAAUGCCCUGCUGUGCCUCCCGGUCAUGAUGAUUGCCACUGGGGCCCUCUUCAUCAAAGUCUGUUUGAAAACAAAACAGCAUCGGAGGGGGAAGCUUUUGACCAUCGUCUUGCUCACUCUUCUCUUCUUCCUCCUCUUUGCUUUUCCAUUGAAUGUCAAAUACAUCGUCGACAUUUUCACUGACUUAUCAGAAUACGUAACAGAUGGAGCAAUAGUAUUAGCCUGUUUAAAUAGCAGUGUAAACCCAGCUAUUUAUAUCCUGGUUGGCAGACAAUGGAGGUCUAGACAGAGGGAGAGCAUGAAGAUGAUCUUCCAGAAGGUUUUCAAGGAGGAAGAAGGCUGCCUUGAGGAAGCUCCAGUUGAAACCCAGUUAUGA